CCCCACUGCCUCAACGACGUCCAGGCUACCUCGACACACCAAAAAAAACAUCGGGAAGCCUCUGUUCCCACCUUUAAAGCAUUAAAGAAUUAUGGCACCGUUCACCAAACCAGAGGCUGCGCUGAAGCAGGCAGAGGGACUGGUAUCAGUGGGACAGGCGCAUGCCGCCCUCCAGUCUCUAACAGAAAUGUUCACCUCCAAGAAGUUUCGCUCAGCCCCUUUGGCCGUCCUCGAACCGAUCCUACUGCGUUUUGUCGAGCUCUGUGUCGACUUGCGCAAGGGCCGUACAGCAAAGGAAGGACUCAUGCAAUACAAGAACAUAGCACAAAAUUCAAACGUAGGAUCAAUCGAAGUUGUCAUUCAGAAGUUCCUGCAACUUGCCGAUGCCAAAGUUCAAGAAGCACAGGAAAAGGCCGAUAAAGCCGUCGCCGUAGAUGUCGACGAUCUCGAGGCUAGCGAAACACCAGAGAGCAUUCUGCUGGGAGCAGUGAGCGGAGACCAGAGCAAGGACCGGACAGAUAGGGCACUUGUUACCCCCUGGCUCAAAUUUUUAUGGGAGAGUUAUCGCACGUCGCUGGAAACCCUUAAGAACAACGCACGACUAGAGACUAUAUACCAGCAAGUUGCUCAGCAGGCUUUCCGUUUCUGUUUGAAGUACCAACGAAAGGUCGAAUUCCGCAGGUUAUGUGAGACCUUGCGACUUCACCUUGCCAAUGUAGCAAAAUACGCACAUCAAACUCAUGCGAUCAACCUAUCUGACCCCGAGACAUUGCAACAUCAUCUUGAUACACGGUUCGCGCAGCUCAACACCUCAGUAGAGCUCGAGCUAUGGCAGGAAGCGUUCCGCUCCGUCGAGGAUAUACAUAAUCUUCUUACAAUGGCCAAAAAACCACCACGCCCAGCUAUGAUGGCGAAUUACUACCAGCAUCUUACAAAGAUAUUUCUUAUGAGCGGUAAUUCACUCUACCACGCGGCUGCCUGGGGUAGGUACUAUGCAAUCGUCACCAGCAUAGGCGGUAAGUCGAACGAAGAGAUGAGCCGUCUGGCCGGUCAGGUACUCGUCAGUGCCCUGGCGGUGCCCGUCGGCCAACAGUCCGACGAGGGCGGAAAGGGCAAGACUACAAGACUUGCUGCUCUUCUCGGUCUAACGAAGGCACCGACUCGGGCUGGUUUGCUUAAAGACGCUCUUUCCCGUGAUGUCUUGCGAUUAUCUCCAGGACCUAUCAAAACCUUGUACAAUCUCCUUGAAGUUUCCUUCGAUCCACUCACGUUAUGCGCUUCUACUGCACCGAUGCUCGCCACACUUUGUGCUGGUGAUACUCCAUAUGCUGGCUACCGUCCUCUUCUUACCCGCGCACUUCUUUCACGGCUCCUCGCGCAACUAUCGCAAAUCUACUCCACCCUCAAACUCAGUGCCCUCGUUGAUCUCGUCAAGCCCUUGGAUGGCUUUGGUGCUGAGCAAAUGGAGGCGUACCUCAUGGGUUGCGCACGUCAGGGUGAACUCCGUGUACGUGUGGACCACGCAAGCGAGACCAUUACCUUUGUCGACGAGGCGUUUACACACGUAGAUGACUCCUCUCCGGUAGCGACGUCCGCGCAAGAAGCGGCGAUUCAGCCCUCGUCCGGUGAUGUAGUACGUACGCGUCUCAGCACGCUCGCCUAUGCACUGCACGAUGCGUUACGGGUGAUCGAAUCACCUCCAGAGACCGACCCUGUAGCUGUGCAGAAUGCGAAGUUUGGGGAACUGGUUGCUGCUGCAAAUGCAGAGCGCCAUGCACUGGCAUUGCGUCGGGCGAUCGUAGCUCGUCGACGCGAAUUGUUAUCCGAGUUGUCUGUACGCAAGGAGAAAGAGGAGGCAAGCAGACGUGCCGAAAUGACGCGCGUUAAAAAAGAGAUGGAUGAGCGGAAAGAGAAGGAAGAGGCCCGAAAGAGGGAGCUCGAGCGGGCACGGAAAGAAAUUGAAACGAUUCGUUCGGAAGAGGCGAAGAAACUGGCACAAGACUUGAUCAAACGCAGUGGGCUGAAGGUGUCCGUCGAUGACAUGGAAGACCUCAGCAAGGACCGGCUUAUGCGCCUGCAGGUCGAGCAGAUAGAGAAGGAGAAACGGGAUAUGAACGAGCGUCUCCGUGUCGUUGCGAAGCGCGUCGAUCAUAUCGAGCGUGCUUACCGGAAGGAUGAGAGACCACUUCUCGCUCAAGACUAUGCUGAGCAACAGGCCGUAGACCUCGCUACCUUCGAGGCACUUCAGAAAGCGCGUAUCGAAAACAGCUUGCUAGCACACAAAGAAGCUCUAGCAACCAAGAAGCGCCUGUCACGAAUGCUAUCCGACUUUAGUUCGUACAAGUCUACCAUUAUGGCGAAGCGCCAAGAACAGUACCAGAAGAAGCUGGCAGUGGCCCGAGAGAAAAUUCAGGAGGAGAAGGAGAAGAGAAUCAAUGCUCUUAUCGCCGAGAAAGAGGAGGAGAGACGUGCUCAGCAGGAGGAAGAGGCAGCGGCGAGGGCCGCGGAAAAAGAGCGCCUGCGGGAAGAGGCCGAACUACGAGCGAAAGAAGAGGCAGAAGCAGCCAAGAAGCGUGAAGAGGAGGAGAAGUUGCUUGCCGCUCGUAUGGAACGCGAGCGUGAGCGCGAAGCCGCGCGCGCGGAAGCCGAAAGGAAGGCCCAACGCGAACGGGAAGCAGAAGAGCGCAGAGCCCAGCGUCGUGUGGCCGAGAAGCAGCAGCCACCAGCUACCGAGAACGCUUGGAGGCGUUCAGCUGCGCCGCCAAACCCUCCUAUAUCUUCUCGUGCCACUCCCCCACGUGCAGAGAGUCCAGCUCCGAGUGGUGCAGCUCCGCCAGCUCAAAAAUACAAACCUGGAAUGUUCAGCGCUCAACGAUUGGGACGACCAGAAACUUCCGCACCCGCCUCCAGUCCGGCGACUGCUACAGCUCCUAAAUACAGAGAUACGGCUGCUGCCCCUGCUAGUGGCUGGCGGCAGCGAGAGGCAGAGAAACUGUCUUCGAAACAAGCAGCCUCACCAGCCACCAACAGUGCGCCGUUACCUGGGUCUAAGGAUGAAGAUGGCUUUGAACCGGCUUCCAAGGUCUGGCGACCGAGACGGCUGCAGGGUCAGUCGUGA